ACUUUACUAAGUACAAGGCAUUCAUCUGGUAUUGCAACUGAAGAUACAAGACUGUAAAUCGUGUGCGAACCUAGCCUGUCUAGCCUGUUCAUCUAACAGGUAACUGAAACUGUUUUUUAACGUCUCGUAACCUUUUCAUGUUAAUGAAUAAGAUGAAUUUUCCCUCAAGGCGCGAGAAAACUGGCUAUCACCGCGGAAGCAAAUGUCUCGGCAGAUUCCCCCCUUCAAGAAAUAAAUCAGUCUAGGAAGACAGGUCUUGCUUUCUAAGGGUCGCAGUCAGGCAAUUCCUGCAUCGAGGCAUUAUCAGAAAGAAAUAUUAAAUGAUACUAGAUAUGGGUGAAGACAAGCUGAGAAUAUCUUGCCUUUAAGACUUCUAUUUCUUUGUUUAUUUUUUCUUUGCAUUAUUGUCCUAUUUUAUUUUAAAAUGCGAAUAGCAAAGCAUCUGUAACAUUCGCUCUUUGUCGGCCAUUUCCCGGAAUUCAUGUAUUCCAAGGGUCACACCGCAUCCAGUUUUAGUUCGCCGCGACCUCCAAAUAUGGUCAUGACGUUUCCAACUCCGAGAAAACACAUCAGUAAGAAUGGACACGUUUUUGCAACACAAAAAAAUUUGCGGUCACUGUGAUUUUGCCAAUGAUGCCCUCAAGAUCAGUUUGCUGUUUCAUAUUUUUCUACAAGUUUAAUUGACUUGUACUGAUCCAGAUCUACAACUGGGAGAUCCAGCACCACUCAUUGGUUUGUUGCUGUGGACUUACUAACGUAAAUUUUUAUAUUUUGGAACCAACUCACCCUCUACUCCCACCCCACCCCUGGUUCAAACUGUUCCCAUCCAGUCUUCUUGUUCUGUUCGUUAAUUUCUGAUCUAUUUGUUAACCUUCAUUCGGGGAGAUUAACUUGGAAAUUAACAGCCUUUGUAAAUGCUUUGACAAAUGCCGGCCCCAAGUGACGCAUAAGUGGUACAGGGGGAGGGGUAGGGGCACAUGAGACUGGGGUUUUCUUCAACAAAUUAUGUAAACUGCCUCGAUUGAUAGUUUCCGGGAGAACUAGAUUUACUGUCACGGUAAUUCUCGUUUCUGUGCCUUUUCCCUUUCCUCCCUCGCCACCGCAAACCCAACUGCAAACCCCCCGUCCAUUUUUUUGUUCACUUAUUCCCAGGCUUUUUCGAUUCCCAAUAUGGCGGUGAAGAUGGACCCGUCUUGCACAACUUCCUAGGACCUUUCUAGCAGUUGAUCUAUUGAAGGGAGGAGAAAAUGUAUUUAUCCGGAAUGCGUAUGGUCGCUAUAGGAUGGUAAGGAAGUUCAUUUUACCUUUUUAAUAAUUCUCUAAAUAGUAUAUUGGCAAUCUUGUCUUUUGCCUGCGUGCAGACAUCUAUCUCCUUAGUUGCACACGGAAAAGUCCCUUUUCCGCGUGUAUGGCGUACAUUUGCGGACAAAAAUAAUUGAAAAUAAAAGACAAUUUGAAGUUCAAAAAUUAGACUAUCCAUGUCGAAAUCUCGACAUAUGAUUCAUGUAAUUUGCAUUUUAGUUGGAAUGGUGAUUUGAACUUUAACAUCCGCGAUGUCGAGUUUUCCCUUUAUAGUUUCAACUUGUUCAAAGUAACUUCAAGUUCGAAUGAUGCUAUUUCGACUGCGUUCAUUGCGAUUUCAAAUUCAUAUGACGAGAUUUCGACAUGGAUAGUCUAAUUUUUGAACUUCAAAUUGUCUUUUAUUUUCAAUUAUUUUUGUCCGCAAAUGUACUCCAUACGCGUGCAACAAAGGAAAUAGGAGACGUAUUCACGCAGGCAAUCUUGUCUUCUUACUGCUUGUCUUUCAUUGUUUGUAAUCAUGCCCUUAAUUCACGUGGCCACUUUGUUCAUAAUCGGUCAGUGUAAAACGCAGACUGCGGACUGCAGACUGCAGACUGCGGACCAGGGGUAAAAUGCAGACUGAGUGUAAAAUGCAGACUGCAGGCUAAGAGUAAAACGCAGGCUGGGGUAAAAUGCAGAAUAAAGACUGCAAACUUUUUUAAACAUUUGUGCUCCUUCUUCUCCAAAUCGGUGAAAUAGCUAGCCGGUAUCAGUUACAUACUUCACUUCCUAGUCGAAGUGCAUUGCACAUUCGCCUGAAGUUUCAAUGAACAUCUGAACAGCUUAAGUCUGCGUACCUUGAUUUGCAAUACUUUCAUAGAAGGUCAUCCAAAUUUCCUGCAGAACAUCUUUAUUUGUUGUUGGAAUGAUUUACUCCCAUUUUUAUCGCCAUAAUUCUUCCUGUACAGUAUUUUGGGUCAGCAGCUUUCAUUUAAGCGUAAACAUCGUGGUGUUGUAUCAGUUCACGGUCCCUGGUGACAUAUAUCCGAAAACCUCGCAUUUAAAGUUGAAGCGUGAAGUCUCUCGGACAGGAAAAAGGUUCAAGAUUGCGAUUAUGUUUUCGGGUCGUCGACGACGUUCCAGAGAAGAAAGGAAUGGAUUUGUGAAAGCAGAUGUCGUCAAGUAAGUGUUCGUUUACAUGUAUUUGCGGAAUUUUUUUGCCCUUAAACACUUCCACGACUACAGUUUAUGCUCGGUCUGCAUUUUACCCCAGCCUGCCUUUUACUCUUAGUCUGCAGUCUGCAUUUUACACUCAGUCUGCAUUUUGUCCCUGGUCCGCAGUCUGCAGUCUGCAGUCCGCAGUCUGCGUUUUACACUGACCGGUUUCAUAAUACACUAAAAUUUCAAGGAGAAAUUUGGUCAAUGUUGAUUAAAGGGUUUAAAUUUAUUCUAUAUUAAAAAACCUCAGACCUGACACCUGCCUAUAGAAUGAGACUGAUGGUGGGAUCUAAACAACAAGAGGGUUGCAAUUUUCUGGACAGGAAUGAAGAACUUAAAUUUCAUCAAGUUUCUCUUCUGAUGGCUAGGGAACAAUCAAGUUUGUUUGUAAAUUUAUACUUAUUACAUUUGUAUUAUUUUUUCCUUUACUCGAAGGGUGGUGGUUAUUACCAGUGGGAUAUCAUCUUUUAUAUUUGUAAAGAGAUACAUUGACAAAAAGAGACUGGAGCUGAUUAAAGCAAAAGGACGAGAAAGAAUGCUACAAGCACAAAAAGAACAUGACAAGAAGACCUAAAAAUUAGAAAUUUUUUCCUACAAAAGCGAAAAGUUGUAAGAAGGAAUAGCAAGACCUACACAUGUACUGGUCAUGAUAAAUGAGCCAACGAUGGGGAAGUCUUUUCUGCCUCAUCUUUGCAGAAAAUGUGACAUCCUUAAUAUUUCUCUGAAUUAUAAGGUCAUGUCGGUCAUAUUUCCUCUGAUGCAAAGAAUAACAGUCAUAAGCAAUGAGCAUGACGGUAGCUUGGAUCAAUGUACAUACAGCAUGGAUGUUGGUGAUCUGAAAACAUCUAACAAUAGCAGCUGCAUCUUUUUUGUCAUGGGAGAAAAGCAACAUGUUUCACAAAAGCCAAAGGGGCAAAAGGCCAGUCUCACUUCUAUGACCACCACAUGCAUGUCUUUUUUUCAGACAUGGGUAAACCAGCUCAUUAUUGGUAAACAGGGUAAAAAAGAAACCAAGUAUUUCGUAUCUGUACCUGGCACGAAUAUACACCUUUUCUUCACAUAAAAGAAGUCAGAGGUUGGACGUCCAACAGUCAGUGAAAAAAGUGAAAUAUUUGCUGCUGUAUAUAAUCCUUAUUUAUAGUAACUCUGAAAUUAAUCAAGCUUGGUUACUAAGGCCAGUUACAAAAAAACUGUGGAGCAAAGAAAUUGAAUUGUGCAUUAUUAUUAAAAUGCAUUUAAAAACCUUUGCUGAAUGCUAUAAGUAGUAAAUGAACAGAUUUAAACAAAAGCAAUAAAAAUAUUAACCUGUCCUUCUUGCAGAUAAUCUGCAACAUUGAUUAGUUGUAAAAAGCCAAAUCUUAUGCUAUUCACUUAUUCGUCCAUCUAAAUCUGGUGUCCCAAAAAUUUCACUGGAGAUUUCACUUUUGGGAACAACUGAAACACCACUUCUGCUGGAGGUUUCCAUCAUCUUGCCACAUCUGAACUGGGGUGGGCACUUUUGUAUCUCCAUUUCGUAUAUCAAUAACAAGAUUAUUCAUGGUGCUCGUUAUCUGGCCAUUUCUUGCUUAUAUGUUGUUAUGGAAGAGAUGCUUUAUACCAGCUGAUUGGUUUACAGGGUAAAAGAGAGACGAAACAUCUUUGCUCUAUGCCCAAAAACAUACACCUUUCUUUCUGCAAAAGAAGCAAGACCUUUCGCUUCCAACAGUUGGUGGGGAAAAAGAAGCGAAAGAUUUACCUACUAUACAUAAUCCUUAUUGACAUAACUCUGGCAUAUAUCAAGUUUUAUUUUCUUGAUAGCAACAACAACAAAUGAAUUACAAGCUAAAUGCGAUUAUUAAGUCACAUUACGCAAAAGAAAGAAGUUAAAAUGUGCAUAGGUUUAAAAUAGUAUAGUCAGCUUUGCUUAAUGCUAUGAUAGAAGAUACGCAGAUUGCAAUAAGAACACUUAUGGUGUCCUUCUUACAGCAAAUCCAGCAAAAUGAUUAUUCCUACUCAGUGAGCUGAACUUAAUCUGUGUCAAUCACUUCUCAUCAAGUUCACUUUCGGGGACAAGAUUCCACUUCUGUUGGGGUUCUCCGGUAUUUUGCCACAUUUGGACUGGGGUGGACACGGUUGUAUUGGCAUCUGUGAUAUCAAUAACAAGGUCAUUAAGCUUGCUGAUUAUCUGGCCAUUUUCAUAACUCCAUUUUUGAUUGUCAGCACCAGUUGGAAAAUAGCCGAUGCACUUGGUUUCAGGGACUGUAGAGCCAUCUUUUACAUCAGCUACCAGGCCCAUUUUGCUGACAAGGGUAUCAUUUGGACCAAAUUUCCACAGCUGAUUAGCACCCCCAUAUAUUGGGUACAUCGCGAGUAAACCAGUCACGGUAAACCCAUCAAUAGUAAGGACGAAUUGACUUUGAAGUUGAGUUUGUAGGUAGAAAUAGCCUGACAUUUCAGCGUAGAACUUGAGAUACCCUGUGUAAGUCUUGUUUUUUAGCGACCUACAAUAACAAUCCAAUCAAUCUAUUAAUCAAUGACUUUCAGGUUUGAGAGUCUAUGAUUUCCAGCUAAGGGGAGAUUCUUCGACUAUACCGGCUUCUGACCUGAUUUUGUCGAAAAAGCCACCGUUAUCUCCCACUUCUUUUUAAAAUGUAGCAUUUUUUAACCUUUCUAUAACCUACCCAAUAGGACCCAGAGCUGUAAUCCAGCAUUGUUAUAUCCUCUCCCGGGAUCUCGCUCAACGAUUUUCAGCGCAAAAUAAGUGUGGUGAAUUUUCAAAUCCGAGACUUUCUCGAACGACUGGACCUUUAUUAGCCUGGGACCAUGCUCCGUACUGGUGGGAAAAGGUAAAAAAACGGGGUAAAACAGCAAAAAUUAAAAAUCUGCGAGCGAAGCAAGCCGAGAGGUAGCUUGACCUUUAUUUAAAAACACUGCGGUACGAGACGUUACUUUUGAUCAACUUUGAGUCGCGUCAGAGGCGUGACGAUAUUGCCUGAGUAUCAGGCAACAGGCAGAGAGAGCAGUGGGUUGUGAUAAAGUUAAAUCGAAACGAAACGUUGAUCAUAAGGCACCUUUCGUUGGUAAAUCUUUUGAAUAUAAUCAGAGGAGAAAAUUUUCUGACUGUCUGUGUAGAACUGGUUGACUAGUGGUGACUCCAAUUGUCAAAUCAGGGAAUUAACCCUGGCUCGAAUCGAAUAAAUCUUGGUGUGAACUCUUGUAGACCUGGGCUUACAGCGUGUGAACUCACUCAUCCUAUGAUCGUUACAGCCAAGUAAAAGACAAUUUUGAAAGUAUUUACCUCGGAACUGUAGUCAGCGCCUGCUGCCCCGCUUUUGGAUUGCUCCUGUCCGGCGUAAAAUGUUUAGCUAAAGAAGAAUGAUCUCGACUUAUACCUUCUGUAUAAUGCCUUUCCAAGAAAGGACUCGACAAAUUCUAUGCCAAAUAAUGAUGACAGAGGUCGGAAAAGGGUGAAAUAGAGCAAUCAACUCUAUUCAUAAUUUGUCACCCACAUAGUGAAAGUAAUUUCUGCAGUAAAAGCAUUGAUAAUAUCCUGCAGUAAUUCAAAAGAGGGCUAUCGGCAGAGAGACCAAUUAAUCAGAACGAGACGAACGAAUGUCGUAAGUCGGCCUGGUAGACUGAAAGAUAAAAAGACUUUUAGAUUGAGGGUAAUUUUACUAGAGUACUUGCCAUAACACAGUUCAAGACGUACUACACCUGUGCCAUUCUAAUGAGAGGUUUUCACAUUUCGUUUAUGUGUUUAUGCCUGUUUCUAAUCCGGAAACUGUCCAGGAAGUGUUGUUGAAUCUGGGACAGAUAAGAAUAAUUAAUGUUUGCUUCCAGAACGGUUUAAUUUUAUCGGUUUGAUAAAAUGUUUGGAUUUAGAAAGUAGAAACAAGAUGUGCUAUUCUUCGCUUGGCAGUUACUGAACGAUGACAUCCAUACCUAACGGUACUUGAAAUGGGUCUCUUAAAAGGCUUCUUAGCCUUCUAGUCUCUUUGGUGAAUGACAUCGUCUUCGCAUGGAUCCACGAUGCAGAUUGUUUUCUCCCCGUAUCAAUUCCGUAGCUGUAAGUAAACACAUUUCAAAAUAAAAAUAUGUGAAAAUAUUCCAAAACCCUGGAGUGACAUAAGCUGAUAUGAUGUUUUUUAAUAAUUCAGGGCGACUGCUGGUAAGUCAAGUGCGUCGGACAAGCAGGACUCGAUUCCUUGUCAUGAGUCCACUUCUUUAUUUGCCCAAUAUAUUAUGUUUUGCUGAAGCAAAUAGAUUGAUUCUGGGUACCUUGUAGAACUUCCGCAAUUUCUCGGAAAGUACUCACAUGGACAAGCCCUGUUCUUGCAGUGGCAAACAACCAAUAGGGUCUUUAAAAGCCAGACAACAGCCGGGACAACAGUGACAGAGGUCAAACACUCAGGGGUAAAGUAUAUAACAACGUAUUUAGUUCUUCUCAACUCUAAACCAGGUGGUGAAAGCAUUUUAUGCAGUGAAAGAAUAAUAAUGUGUGAUUUUGAAGAGGGCCGUCAGGUCAGAGAGUGAAUAAGUAAAGGUAAGAACGAGUUUGUUUUCUUUUUUUCUCUUGUGCUUCUUGAACUUUUUCUGUGUCAGCUUGCAAGCUGAGACAGCUCAAGGAUUGAAAGCCAUUUCUUAUCAUUAUUCUACAUGCAGCUUGCUAUUUCCUUGGCAUUUGAUUAAGAGCAACUUUACUACAAGGCAUUCAUUUGGUAGUGCAACCGUGAAGAUAAUACAGGACUGUAAACCGUCUGCGAAUCUAGGCUGUUCAUAUAACAGGUAACUGAAACUAUUUUUCAGACAUCUCGUAACUUUUUCAUGUUUUAACAGGAUGAAUUUUCUCUCAGGGUGCGAUAAAACUCGCUAUCACCACGGAAGCAAAUGUCGCGGCAGAUUCCCCCCUUCAAGAAAUAAAUCAGUCUAGGAAGACAGGUCUUGCUUUCUAAGGGUCGCAGUCAGGCGAUCCCACAAUUCCUGCAUCGAGGCAUUAUCAGAAAAAAAUAUUAAAUGAUACUAGAUAUGGGUGAAGACAAGCUGAGAAUAUCUUGCCUUUAAGACUUCUAUUUCUUUGUUUAUUUUUUCUUUGCAUUAUUGUCCUAUUUUAUUUUAAAAUGCGAAUAGCAAAGCAUCUGUAACAUUCGCUCUUUGUCGGCCAUUUCCCGGAAUUCAUGUAUUCGAAGGGUCACGCAUCCAGCUUUAGUUCGCUGCGACCUCCAAAUAUGGUCAUGACGUUUCCAACUCCGAGAAAACACACCAGUAAGAAUGGACGCGUUUUUGCAACACAAAAAAAUUUGCGGUCACUGCGAUUUUGCCUUAUGGGCACUUUUUGCUGUCAGUAUCCACUGGAACCAAAAGGGAAUUUCUGUAUGUCGCGUCCAAAGACGUUUAAGGUGGCUCUCUAGAGUAAAUUGGUUAUGCGCAGCUUGAGCACUAGUAUGGCGUGAGGUUUAAAAUCCGCCCGACGUCCACGCAAAAUUAAAAUAAAACAAACAUGGCCUCUCAGUAGCGAAAUAUUCCCCCAAAAAACUUUAUUAACUUUCAUUAGAGGAGACAAUGUGACUCCGGUGACAAGUCACUAUCGAUCUCUGUAAGAGUAAAUUGUAUGUAUAAAUGAAGCAGAAAUUUUCCAAGGACAUCAAUUCUUUGGCUUCAAAAGUAGGCAAGCUGAACGUAAAAUACUCGAAGAAAAUACUCUAGGGAGCCACCUUAAGUCUAACAGCAGGGGUCUCCGUGUUUUCUUGAGUCGCAGUAGUGGGACUCUCCUCCCCUAUUAUUAACCUGCAGGUAUAUGUAUAUGUACGGGUUGUGGAAGUGCCUCAUACAUGUUCAUAACCCUGAUAACCAUACAGUGUUUAAGGUUACAAUCGAUAUGCGAAAAUUAACGGUACAGUGUUAAAAAGAUCACGUAACCACCUGAUGCUAACAGGUUUCACUAAAUCACUUUUUGUUUCCUCUUUUAGAAAACAUUCUAUUUGAAGACGGAUGGCUAAGGAAAAUCGUGAGAGCGUUUCCUUUAGUGAGAAGGUAGACAUAACCUCAUUAUGCUCUAUCAUGAUACCUAGUGAUUGUAACUGCAUUGUUAGGCUAUCGCCUAAAGGCGUAGACCUGGGCGCAUGAUCUUUUAGUUCAUGGCCGCUGAGCUAGAAGCUCUAUUGAUAAAUACUAGAAAUACGUUAUUGUAUAACCUCGCGAGGCUCGUUGGAGAGUGAACCUUAAAAUGUUAGGGAUGUAAGGAUGUAGGGAGAAAAAUAGAGUCAACUGUAUAACUGGGGAUGGCAGGUUUCAACAGAGGUUCGAAGCUGAGAUAUACUCUAUCUUCUUUUGGUUGGAGCAAAUUUGAACCCAGUCCCCUAGUCCCCUAUUGAAGGACUAAAUUAACUGCAAAAACCGUGGACGAAGAUCCAGCUAGUUGUAAACGUUGGAUCUCUAGAAAAGAGAUCUAAAGAAAAGAGAUUUAUGGUUGAAUAUUAUAUCAAACAUUUUUGCAGAUGCGAAUAUACCUGGACAAAAAAUGGAAAUGGUUCAUUGUGAUAGUUUUCUCUGUGACAGCUGUGGCUAUGGUAGCCUCUUGGCGAAACUAUUCGCCGCAUUCUGGGUGAGAUAAAUUACUUUAAUAGACAAAAGUAACUCUUUGAUUUGAUAGUCACAGUAACAGUAACAGCAAGCAAAACAAUAUCAUCAUAAAAGAAAAGGAAAAGGAUCAUGAGGCGGUUUUUAUCACUCAAUUUAAAGAGAAGUGAUGCGGCAAGUACCGCAGAAGACCUUUCAGACUUAAUAUGAGAAAAAGGUUUUUACAUGGAAUUGAACUUCAGAAAUGUUUUAUAACUACGAUUUUUAUUCAAAUGUACCCAUUGCAUCCGGAAUUACUCAAGCAAAAUAAAUUUUUAAAACUUAAGUUUAUUUUUUUCCAUUGUAUCCUCUCAUUUAUGGUCGCUCCCUCUCUGAGUUUCUUUUCAACACACGUGAAUCAAUUUGUCUUGUAUCUGACAGAUCCAAACCUCCCGUAUCUCUUUCAAGAUUUGUAUCGCCGCAUGCGAAACCAAGACUGCAGAGUGACGGCGAGCAAAUGACGUUUGACGUCGGUAAGUUAGCGGUUUUAGUUUUCUUUUGGUGGACUUAAGAUUGAAAUUCGUUGGAAACAGGUGCCCCCAGGAAAGGGUCAUAAUAAAAGUUAUUUGUUUGUUUAGAUCGACAAAAACAUUACUAAGUAAAUUUCGAAAAGGGGUGUAGUCAUCCACAUUCGUGAGUGUAUCCUUGUACCUUCCGACGUCAAAAUAUUUUGCAGUCUCAAAGGGAAGUUUGUUUUUUAAUCGAUUUUGUAACUUAAAUCAGGUGUGAACGAAACGCUUUAUAACAACAAUCUCAGAGAGAGCACCAACAAGACCGUAUUAUAUUCUCGCAAAAAUGAACCGCUGCAUGGUCACCGCGAUGCUACCCAAGGUCGUCCGAUGUAAGACCCCUCCAUAGCUAAUACUGUGGAAGAUUUAACUUACUUUUUAAUUGUUCAAACUCUUGCCGCGGGAAGAAUUUGUGUUUGAAUGAAGUUUCCUUACACUUUCUUUCUCUAUGAUACCAGGGGUUGCAAUGGAUCCAGAAAUCCGAGACUGCAGUAGUGAAACCCAUUGGAAGAAGACGUUCUCUGAUCUAGACUACAGCCUCAUUGGUUAUGAUAUCCUAUUUGGUUAUCCUCUAGCCAACGGACGCGAUCCUGGAUUCAGACAACCUAUAUUCACGGCUAAUUACUCCAAACCCAAACAGACAGCGGAUUGCCGUCACGUGAUCCCACAAGGCUUUACUGUGAUCCCCAGCGAAUCUUGUGUGGUAUCAUUUGAUUCGAAGUUAAUUCAUAAUAAACAGCAGAUGUCUAUACACCUUGGAGUACAAGCGAGCGUCAAAGGUUUGCCAAUGAAAUGUAGCCUACUAAUUGCCCAACAAAACUGGAAACAAAAGACGAAGCAAGAAAAGCGAAAGAAGUGCGAAAAAGCCAAAAUCGCGAAAUUUUGCAUUCUGCGCAUGCCCGAACUUUGGAAGCUAAUCGUUUGCGCGAUCAGGGGGCCGUAUACUGUAUGACCUGUAAACGGCUGUUGGUAGCCAGACAGUGACCAGAAAACGGCUCGACUAGCUUCAAAACGCGUUUUUGGGCAAAAUUCCCCUUUUUGAAAUACAUGAAUCAGGUAAGAAAAAAACCUCUGGCUCCUAUAGGGUAAACAUGACCUUUUGGGAAAACAAACGUUCAAGCUAAAAAGGUCUAUUGGACACAACACUAUAAGCUAAACUAAUCUCAUAAUGGUAGUACUAUUCCAAAAACACUCACGAAUAAAUACUUGCAUCUUGUUAUUUAGGCGGUGGUUUUGGAUAUGAAUUUUCCGCCAGUGCGGGCUUCAACACGGAUGCAGCUGAAAUGUCAAGCGGUGACUUCUUGUACAUCAUUUCCCAAGCCGUGUGUCAAAACUAUUAUAGCAUGAUUGACUUCACGAAUCCGCCACCCUUUGACCCCGGGUUUAUCAGCAAAGCGAAAACUCUGGCCGACCCGGAGAAUGCUGAUGAAGCAGUUCUAGAGUUUAUCAAAUACUAUGGUACUCACUUCAUGACUCAAGCAACGUACGGAGCAAAGUUUGUUCAGCAUCACAAGGUGAGCCAGACGACGUUUGAAUCCUUAAAGAACAGCGAGUUUAGUGUUGAAGCCCAGGCGAAUUACGCGGGACUAAUCAGCAUCGGGGGAGGAAUUUCUUUGGACAGUGAUCAAAAGAAGGCCGCGUCAAACUUUUUGAAACAAGUACAGACCACAACUUAUACAGUUGGAUCAACACCACCAAGCAACGGUGAUGCCAUGACAUGGGCAGCUUCUGUUAAACAGAACCCUGUACCGAUGCAGUAUACACUUUCUCCCAUUGAUUUGUUAUUCACUGAACCGUUUGUAAAAGAGCUACCAACCGGCUUUGACUACACCGCAGUGAGGCAAAAACUCAAGAACUCUUCACAGCUGUAUUGUCAAGCCCUGAAGCAACAGGGAAUGGUACACUCAUGUGAGGCCUACUUUCAACUUGAAACUCAGGGUGUGGACAUCUAUGAACCAGGUACUGCUCUGAUAUUAAUCACCUGUUCGGCUAGUCCCGCGCGAAACAGUUAUUUUUGUUUCCCGAGAGUGUCAAUGUUUCCCAAGGCGAAGCCAAGGAAAACAUUGAGAUUCGAGGGAAACAAAAUUAACUGUUUCCUGAGGGACCAGUCUUCAAGUGAUAUAAGCGAAAAUUCAUUAAACCUCGCUGUAACGGCGGUCGUCGGUCAACAAUUCGCGGGUAACAGUGCACUGUUACCCUCUGACGUCAUCGAUUUUUGCAAUGUUUCCCGCUCAAAGAUUUGGGGGGGAAGCAGUUUCAUUGUUAGAUGUCUUGUGACGUUGACGUAAACAAUGAGAGCGCACGCUGUUGGGAAGAAAUUUCGGAUGCUAAGAAGGGUCAGUUUGUGUCGGAUUGCUACGUCCCGAGGCCCAAACCCUUACCCUCAGUUAUAUACGAUUUUUGGCCUAACGAAGGAAGGUUUGGUUGACAGAGGGAUUAAGAAUCACGUUUACAACUUCAUUCCCAGAAGAGACAGGAGACAGGAGACAAAGGACCCUCCCAACCAUGUUGUUAUGGCACGGCGUCGACGUAUCACGUGACCAAGAUUUCCCUCUACUUGUCAUUUACUAUUCAUUAAUAUCUACACAUAUUUCCUGAUUUGAGACAUGUCAAUUUGAAUCUCACGUUCGCCGUUUGUCCUAGACUUAAUUUUAAAGCUUUCUAAUAAUUUCAAGAGCGAUUUUUCUUUUGAGUAACCUCUCAAAAAAUAAUCGUCACGGAGCAGCGAUUGGGUAUGUCUUCUCAACCCUUUCAGUUUUCCUUUACGACGAGCCGCAAUUCAAACAAAUGGCCUGAGGAUAAUGAUCGCAAACUUUUGUUGUUUUUACAGGAUACAGUUUUCUUCAAAACAUAGACUACUCCACGUGUCUGACGUUCUGCCGUCUAGACGAGAACUGUACCUGUGUGGUAUAUAGCCAGCUAAAUCCUCCUUUCACAGGAUCAGUUUGCAGAUUUUUCAACAAAACGACCAAUCUGACUUUGAUAAAUCCCUCCAUUUACGACAUUCCAAGGCAAUCGAAUCUGAUCAUCCUCAAGAGCAGGCAAAAUGCUUAUUACAUAAAUGCUGACCUGGAGGGAAAACCGUUUUCCGUACGUGAGACAGAUCAAAGCACAUGCAACUGGAGUUGUUCUAACAAACAAAGCGGAUUUGUCUUCUUCUGUGAUGCCUAUAGCUACGUGUACGGCGAUGGUAGAAGAAGGUGCUCUCUGUAUUCACAGAAAGACAUUACAAAUAUUACCUACACCAAAGGUUCAUACGUAAGGAUGUAGUCGAAACAGGAACGGAACUAGAUAUGUAUUGAUUUGCG